AUGUCCUCACUCUCUCCUUUCUCGUCUCUUCGGGCAAACUGUUCGCUUGCAGCACGCGCUGCUCAACAGGAGCGAAGCGAUGCAGCACACGCAGCCACACUCACAUAUGGGGCUCGAGAAGAUUCAGAAGAGCCCGGCGUGCUGUCCGCACCCCUCAGGGGGAGGCACUCGCGCGGCAUCUCCGCCAGGGCGUGCGUCUGCGUUUGUUUCUUGUUCACGUCUGUCGCCGUCCUCUGCCUUCCACGGCACAUCCGCGCGGCGGGCGGGCAGCUCGGCAGCCUCUCAGACGGUCUUUCUGAAAGACCAGAUUCCUCCAACGAGUCAGAAAGAGCGCGGCCUGAGAGAAACGAGCCACGGGAAGCGCCUCUCGCUUACUUGGAUGCUGCGCCUUCUCUGACCGACGAAGCGCUCGCUGCCGUCCGCACAUACCUUUACUCGACUCUCGUGGCGACAGAAGUUAGAAACCACUCCUCUGCGUCUGCUUCCCUUUUGUCUUCGCCUCCUCCGCCGCGCUCUCAUCCGCCCGACUCCUCGCGUUCGCGCGCGUCGACAGAGCCCUCCUUCUCUUUUCCUGCCACAGAGCCGCCCCUUCCCGGUCUCUCCGCUGCUGGUCGUCCCCCGCCUACGGCGUCGGCUCGUGGGGACUCUGCGUCGUCUUCCGAACCCGCGUCGCCUUCCGCGUUUCGCUGUCUGGUUGCCUCCCGCCUGCAAAGCCACGUGUUUCUAAAGCGGGGGCCGUCGCUGGUCGCCUGCUGCGGCUUGGCUUCCGCGCGGACGCUCGCGCGGGAAACGGCUCGACUGCAUCAACCUGAGAACGCGGCGCUUCUGGCGCCUCUCGUGGAUCUUCAGGAACAGUUCGAGACUCUGGACUACGAGGAGAAGAUUCGCGCCUUCUCUCACAAGUUUGGGAACUUGUAUGACCUCGCAAGAAAGACAGAUGUCCGCAUGCAUGCGCUGCGCAGGCGACACAGAGAGUCAGGACGGCCGCUCCUUCCAGAUGACCGCGGAGUGAAGUUUCUGCCGGCCUUCACAACUAGCGGCGGGCUCUGCGCAGGAGGGAUUCAGACGUGGACGCGUCAAGCAUCACCCUGUCUCUCUCUUGGGUUUCCGCGCGCGCACGCCGCAGCUACGGCGCGCGCGGCAGUCGAGGUCGCUGCGGCGAUGGGCGACGGCGAUGAGAGAGACAGAGGAGAGAAAGAACAAAACCAGGGAGGGGACAACGCAGACGAAGAAGGCGGGGAUGUCGAACGAGGAGAGGAACGGCGACAAAGAAGCCGUGAUCCUGAAGAAGCAACACCGUACCAAGACACUGCAGAAGCAGUAUAUCUGACUGAGGCAGAAGAACGCGCGAGGCUUGUCGAGCGAGCCCACGCGGCUCGCCUGCGCUUGCACGUUGUGAGAGUCGAAGACGUCUGUGUGCGCGUUGCGCUCCAUUUCGCGACGGAGCAACGGCGCCAGGUGAUUCGAAACAGAGAAGUGCCGCAAAGAAGCAACAGAAAAGCGGCCUUCAAAGGCCGCACGCACUAG